AUGUCUUCCCAACUGGACGAAAAGACCAUAGAUAAGCAAGUCGGAUCACUUGCCACGACCGUGGUCGAUGUGGGCACAGGCGACGUCCAGAACACUCAGGUCAAGAAGAACUUCAACCUAUGGAGCACGCUAGGCAUAUCUUUCUCGCUCACGUCGACGCCCAUCACCAUAGGCACGUACCUCUCUGUCAGCAUCGGCGUCGGUGGUAGCCCCGUCUUCUUCUUUGGUUACAUCCUGUCUGUCAUCAUGGAUCUCUGCGUCUGUGCCUCGUUGGCCGAGAUGGCCGCUGUCUUGCCGCACUCGUCCGGUCAAGUCCACUGGACAGCCGUGCUGGCGCCCAGAAAAUACGCCCGGGGACUGAGCUACACCGUCGGCUGGCUGACGGCGGCCGGGUACUUUUUUUGGACGGCAGCGACCUUUCUCAUCACAUCGCAGCUGAUCUGGGCGCUGGUGCAGAUCUGCCACAGUGCCUUUGAGACACACCUGUGGCACUUUUACGUGCUGUAUCUGGCCAUCGGCCUUCUCAGCCUGCUAAUCAACGGCCCGCUCUUCAGCUGGUAUCCAUACAUGCUUAAAGGAUUUGUCGUCUACAUCAAUGCGGGUGCGCUCUUUGUUAUGGUUGCCCUGCUGGCCCGGGCAUAUCCCAAGGAGAGUGAUAAGUACGUGUUUGUCGACAUUGUCAACUUGACCGGCUGGUCGUCCAACGGGGUCGUCUUCUUUCUCGGACUACUGCCCGGCCUUACAGCCGUCAACGGUUUCGACUCGGCGGCCCACAUGGCCGAGGAAGUGCCCAAUCCGGAACGUGCGGUCCCGCAGGUGAUGAUGCUCAGUGCGCUCGCCAGCGGACUCAGCGGGCUGCCCAUGAUCUUGGUCUACAUGUUCUGCAUCACGAAUACGGCCAACCUGCUGGCACCGGUGGGCGGCCAGCCGAUCGCACAGCUGAUGGUCGAUUCGCUCAACUCGCGCGCCCUGACCAUCAUUUGCAUGAUCAUCUUCAUCGUCACCUUUACGUGCGCCUCCUUUACGAUGCUGACAACGUGGAGCCGUGUAUGGUGGUCUCUUUCGCGCGAAAACGGCACGCCCUUCCCUAGUCUUAUGAGCCGUAUCGAGGAGAAGAGCCAGCUUCCGUACAACUCCAUCAUCUUUGCCACCGUGGCCUGUGCCCUCAUUGGCGUGCUUGAGCUCGGCUCUAACCUUGCUCUAAAUGCAAUCCUCGGCGGCGCUAUCAUCUGCAUCUUUAUGUCCUACGCCAUUCCGAUCUGCUGUUCACUGCUAGGCCGUCGGAGCGCGUUUGCCGCCAAGCACUACUUUAACCUCGGCGCUGCCGGUACCGCCCUCAACAUCAUCUCCGUCACCUGGAUCUUCUUCGUCUUUGUCUGGCUGUGUUUCCCCUCCUACAUCCCGUAUACCAACGCGACGAUGAAUUGGGCCAUCGUCGUCUUCGCUGGCAUCCUGGCACUUAGCGGUAUUAACUGGCUGGCCUUCUCGCGCAAGAACUUUACGGUUCCUGUCUCGUUUGAGACGGGCAGCGAGGAGACGAGUAUUGAAAUCGGUGAAAAAUAG